UGUUUCUUAACAAAUAUUGUUUACCUCGUAACACGUGUAAAAAUCCAGAUUUCGGAUGCUGGCCAAGCGAUAACGAUAGUAGACAGUGAAACUUUUGUUCGGCCUUAUCAAUAGGUUAGGGGUCAGGGGUUAUCAAUGACUUGAUAAGCCAGGCCUUCUCCCAUCGGCGGUGACGCUUGUUUUUUUUUUUUUUUUGCGGCAGUUCUGAUUCGAACGCAGCCAUACCUCAAAGUCAUGCAGCAGGCGCGCUCUACACUGUCACAAAAGCUUCGGUUUUGCUUUAGCCGUGACCUGAACACCAAAGCUGGCAACCCGGUUAAACAGCUGAGCGGAGCUUCAACUCGCGUCGCCGCCAAAAAUCGGACCCAAUCGCCAGUGGCAUUAUUCUCGCCGAUCUUCAGACGAUAUUCGGACGGCAAACAAAGCACUUUAAAGAAUAUGGCUGAUCAGAAGAUGCUGCAAGCUUCGCUAGAGGAGGGUGAUCCAGAGUUGGCCAAUCUGAUCAAGAAGGAGAAGGAGCGCCAGCUGGAGGGUCUGGAGAUGAUUGCCAGCGAGAACUUCACCUCGGUGGCCGUCCUGGAGAGUCUGAGCUCCUGCCUCACCAACAAGUACUCCGAGGGAUAUCCCGGCAAGCGGUACUAUGGUGGCAACGAGUUCAUCGACUGCGUGGAGCUUCUCGCCCAGAAACGUGGUCGCGAGCUGUUCAAUCUGGAGGAGGACAAGUGGGGCGUUAAUGUGCAGCCGUAUUCCGGAUCGCCGGCCAACUUGGCCGUCUAUACGGGCGUUUGCCGGCCCCAUGACAGGAUUAUGGGACUGGAUCUGCCCGAUGGCGGUCACUUGACCCACGGCUUCUUCACGCCCACCAAGAAGAUCUCGGCCACGUCGAUCUUCUUCGAGAGCAUGCCGUACAAGGUGAACCCGGAGACGGGAAUCAUCGACUACGACAAGUUGGCGGAGGCGGCAAAGACGUUCCGGCCGCAGAUCAUAAUUGCCGGAAUCUCAUGCUACUCGAGACUGCUGGACUACGCCCGAUUCCGUCAGAUAUGCGAUGAUGUGGGCGCCUACCUGAUGGCCGAUAUGGCCCAUGUGUCGGGCAUUGUGGCCGCCGGCUUGAUCCCGUCACCCUUUGAAUACGCCGACAUUGUGACCACCACGACGCACAAAACGCUGCGAGGUCCUCGGGCCGGAGUGAUCUUCUUCCGCAAGGGAGUGCGCAGCACCAAGGCCAAUGGCGAGAAGGUGCUGUACGAUCUGGAGGAGCGCAUCAACCAGGCGGUGUUCCCCUCCCUGCAGGGUGGUCCCCACAACAAUGCGGUGGCCGGCAUUGCAACCGCCUUCAAGCAGGCCAAGAGUGACGAAUUCAAGAGCUACCAGUCGCAGGUCCUCCAGAACGCCAAGGUCCUGUGCGAUGGCCUCAUCGCGCGCGGCUAUCAGGUGGCCACCGGCGGCACCGACGUCCACCUGGUGCUGGUCGAUGUGCGCAAGGCCGGACUGACCGGAGCCAAGGCGGAGUACAUCCUAGAGGAGGUGGGCAUUGCCUGCAAUAAGAACACGGUGCCUGGGGAUAAGUCAGCAUUGAAUCCGUCGGGCAUUCGCCUGGGCACUCCUGCCUUGACCACUCGUGGUCUCGCCGAAAAGGACAUGGAGCAGGUGGUGGCCUUCAUCGAUGAGGCGCUUAAAUUGGGCGCCCAGGCGGCCAAACUGGCCGGCAGUCCCAAGCUGGCCGAUUACCACAAGACCCUGGCCGAGAACGUGGAGGUCAAGUCGCAGGUGGCGGAGAUCCGCAAAUCCGUGGCCCAGUUCAGCAGGAAGUUCCCAUUGCCCGGCUUGAAGAACCUGUAGGUGGACCCACUUCCAUUUUUUCAAUACCCUUUUUAUUGGUAACCUCGCAAAAAGAAACAAACUAUGAA